UUUAUAAGCAUAAAUUUCAAGAUUCAUAUUUAUUUUUUCCAGAACUAAGAACACAUGGAGCAGUCUAAUUCUUUGUCUCAAUCAAAUGCAGAUGACUUCUCAAAUAUUUCACUCAGGCCAUUUCAUCUCUCUGAUAUAGACGAUUUUAUGGUUUGGGUCUCCGACGAGAAAGUUGCACAUUUUUGCAGCUGGGAGCCUUAUGAUACCAAAGAAAAUGCCUUAAACUAUCUCAAAAACAAAGCUAUACCACACCCAUGUUUUCUGGCAAUAUGCCUCAACUCCAGGCCGAUCGGUGCCAUUUCCAUAACCCUGAACUCAGGUAACGACGUAUGCAGGAGUGAACUUGGAUAUGUUCUGGCUUCCGCAUACUGGGGCAAGGGAAUUGCUACCAAAGCAGUGAAAUUGAUGGCCGAGUUUAUAUUCCGGCAACGGCCGGAGCUGGAGAGACUUGAAGCUUUGGUAGAUGUACAAAAUGUGGGAUCGCUGAAAGUUCUAGAGAAAGUUGGGUUUAAGAGAGAAGGUGUUCUUAGGAAAUAUAUUAUUUUGAAGGGUAAAACUAGAGAUAUGGUGAUGUUUAGUCUUCUUUCUACUGAACUUGUACUUUAAUUUGCUUAUGUAUUUUCAUGUACAUGAAAAUUCAAUCAAUAUUUAUAUUUCAAAA